UUUGUAACUUUGACUUUCUGUCUGUGAUCUGAUAAUUCAGGGUGUGUUGUCAGGACUAUAUAAGAUGUAAGUGAAAGUAUUCAGGACACAACUUCAACCAGCAGCCUGAGAUCAAACCUGUCCAGUAGCAAAGCUCUGUGUGUGCUGCUGCAGAGCAGAACUCAUCCCAAGAGCAGCUUGAUCUGCAAAAUGUCACAGAAAAGGACGUAUCCCGAGGAUGCUGGACAAAGCAAGAGAAUAAAGAAGGAAGAGGAGAAAAAACAACAAGAAAAAGGUGAAGAGGUAGCUCACCUCAGGGUGGUCCUGGUUGGGAAAACUGGAGCUGGGAAGAGCGCAGCAGGAAACACCAUUGUAGGAGAAAAACGUUUUGAAUCCAUGUCAUCGGCUGGUUCUCUGACAGCUGUAUGCAAAAAGGAAACAGUAGAGAUUGGAGCUCAAAUGGUGGCUGUAGUCGACACUCCUGGUCUGUAUGAUACCAACAAAUCUCAAGAUGAGGUGAAGACGGAGAUCGCGAAGUGCAUCUCCUUCAUUGCUCCUGGUCCUCAUGUGUUCCUGGUGGUGAUCCAGGCAGGAAAAUUCACACAAGAAGAACAGCAAACAGUGAAACUCAUUCAGGAGCUGUUUGGAGAGAAGGCAGCAGAAUACACCAUGGUCCUGUUCACCCGCGGAGACGAUCUGGAAGCUGAUGGAGUCUCUGUAGAAGAGUUGAUCAGUGGAAACAAAGCUCUGCAGGACUUCAUCGGUCAGUGUGGGAGAAGAUAUCAUGUUUUUAACAACAGAGCCAAGGAUCCCUCUCAGGUCAGAGAGCUGCUGAAGAAGAUCAACACGCUGGUUCAGAAAAAUGGAGGAAGAUGCUACACCAACGCCAUGUUAGAGGAAGCUGAGAAAGCCAUAAGAGAGAAGCAAGAACAGCUCCUGAAAGAAAAUCCAGACAUAAAGCCUGCAUAUGCAAGAACAUGGGCUGAAAGGGACAACCCCUUUAUUCAAGCUUUUCAGAUGGGAAUUGGAGCUGGAAUUGAAGCUGUGGGAGCUGGAAUCAAAGCUGUGGGAGUUGGAGUUGGAAAUGGAAUUGAAGCUGUGGGAGCUGGAAUUGGAAUCGACUGA